AUAUUUUACAAAAUCUUUAUUUACAUUGAGGCGUCACUUUCUCUUUGCACUUUUUAAGAUUUCUGCAGAAACUCAGAAAACUUACAAAACUACUAGAAGAGAAAAAAUGGUGCUGACUCAAGUUUCCGUAGUGUCUUUAGCUGUUACAGCUGUUUAUGCUGUUGUUGCAUUUAUAUUUGCUUUCACCACGGGAAGAUCGCAAACCAGAAUAAACAAAUUGAUUCUUGCUUGGCUUCUGUUCGAUGCAUUGAUUCAUUUUACCUUGGAAGGACCAUUUGUAUAUUGGUCACUUGUUUCAACAAUCCAGAAGUCGUCACACUUCACUGCUCAAGUCUGGAAGGAAUAUGCCUUGGCUGAUAAAAGAUGGGGUGUAUCUGAUCCAACAAUUGUAUCCUUGGAAAUCCUGACUGUAUUCAUAACUGGACCCUUGGCUGUGUGGCUGAUUUUUGCUAUAUUGAAAGACAAAUCCUAUCGCCACUUCAUACAGAUAUUUCUGUGUGUAUGUGAACUUUAUGGUGGAUGGAUGACGUUUUGUCCAGAAUGGUUGACAGGAAGCAAUAAUCUGCGGACUAACAACUUCCUGUAUCUGUGGGUUUACCUCGUCUUUUUCAAUGGAAUCUGGGUCGUCAUUCCCGCUCUGUUGCUUGUUCAGUCAUGGCAGGAAAUACCAUUCACAAAGCAGGUCAAGCAAACCAAAACCGUCGAGAGCGUGACCACAACCUCUGUUAGCCACAAAUACAAUACUCGCUCAACCCGGGGAAAAAAGGCAGAUUAAAACUUAACCACAUGAUAAGAGAUUUAAAUGUAUUUGAAAGUUCCUUUGAUGUUGUUUUUUUGUAAGCUUUAAAUUUUGAUAUGAUUGAAGAGGUUUUGAUGUGUAAUUUCUUUCUAUUUUGAAUGGGACAAGAAUCUUUCAAAGAUAUGUAAAAUAUGUUUUUUGAGGGUUUUUUAUUGAAAUAUUUAGACAAUUUAUUUUCUUUGGAAUAUGAGGGUCAUAUGAAAAUUAAAAGAUAGCAGUGUAUACCAGAUUACCAAUGCACAUGCUGAUACUUUAAGUAUACUGAUGCUUAGCAAUUACAAAGCUGAAAUAUUUUUAAAAUCAUAUUACAUGAAUGAUCCCCCCCCCCCCCUUGCAAAUGAGCAUCACGUACCAGUUCAUGUAUUGUAUAUUUGUAUUUUUUUAGUGUAUUCUUCAUCAAUCCAUUAUUCUGUUGAUUUUAAUAGAAAUGUCUUAUCACUUGUAUAUAUUUUUUAAAACAUUUACCAUGUACAUGUACCAGUGUGUUUGUGCAUACAAAAUUCAAAUGCAUAAUAUUUCUGAAAUCAAAUGGUACAAGGCAGUAUGAAAUAUUUUUCAUCCUGAAGUAUGAGAACUGUGCAUUAUAUAUUUUAUUUGGAAAUAUUUCAAAAGUAUUGGUAUGUUUUCUUUUUCUGAAAAUGUUCGAUAUGUUGCAUCUUUUUAUUGAUAAUCAAAAUGUUUUAUUUUUUUGCGGUAGAAAUUGAUCUCAGCAUGUUAAAUUUUAGUUUAUCAAUUGUGGACAGUUUAUUUAAGAGUUCUGUUUUUUUUAAGCUCAAUUAUGCUUUUACAGGAAUUAGUGGUACAUUAAUCAAUUCACACAAUCAAAUGUAUAUACUUUUUUUAACUGUUAUACACCUGAUCCGUUUUAUUUUGGUUUGUCUGUUUUGUUUUUAUUUUCAUUUUUUAAUUAAUGUUUCGAAAUAUAAAUUUGGCUAUGAAAUAUCAUAUAUGAUAGAAACUUAUUCAAGUUAUUAGGGCAAAUUUUAGAAAUUGUUUUCAAUGAAGGCAGCUCAUGUUGAUAAAACUCAGUAUUAUUCAUUUGUAAUACCUGUGCCAUUUUCUUUAUUUUUUUGUCCAAGAAGAGAAAAAUUUAUCAACUUUCAAAAAUGAUAAUUCAGAAAUUUUACUUUUUUUCUUUUGCUUACACAGUCAUGUGCUAAAUUUGUAUAUUUUUAAGAUAAUAAAUAGGCUCAAUAAAAUGUUC